AUGGUUCGAACAUACAUAAGGAAAACUACUAGAGGUGUUAAUGGUAAUUGGACCGGUAAAAAUCUAUGUUUAGCGUUUAAAGCUGUGCAAAAAAACAGUAGUAGUGUAAAUCAAGCAUCAACGAAUUUUGGAAUUCCUGAAUCCACAUUUCGUCGUUAUAUACGCAAGUCUCCAGACAAGUAUCUAUUCAAUAAUGGAAGAUUCCGCAAAGUAUAUUCUGAUAAAAUGGAAAAGUCUUUGAUUGACUACAUUGUUCAGCUCAGUACGUGUUACUAUGGAUUUACAGCUCUGCAGCUUAGGCAGUUAGCUUAUGAGUUUGCUGAACAAAACAACUUGCCUCACUGUUUUGACUACAAUACAAAACUUGAAGGUAAAGAUUGGCUUGCAAGUUUUAUGAAAAAAAACAGUCAGAUAUCACUAAAGGUACCAGAGAAGACAUCACUUGCUAGAAUGCAGGGGUUUAACGAGACUCAGGUUAUGAAGUUUUUUGAUCUUCUUCAGAAGUUGUUACUUAAGCAUAAGUUUUCAGCCAGUAGAAUAUACAUUGUAGAUGAAACAAGUGUGUCCACUGUACCAACAAAGCUUUCAAAAAUACUCUGGAAAAAAGGGGUAAAAAGAGUAGCUAAAGUUAUAAGUGCAGAAAGAGGAAAAACUGUAACUUUAGUGUGCACUAUGAAUGCGAUCGGUAAUUAUGUUCCUCCUGCAUUUAUAUCUCUACGUAAAAAAAUGCGCUAUGAGUUCCUGGAUGAUGCAACAUCAGAUUCAUUUGAUUUGGCUAACAAAUCAGGAUGGAUAACAGAAGAACUUUUUCCAGAGUAUCUGAAGCAUUUUUCUAAACACACGAGACCAACCCAAAAUGGUCCAGUUUUAUUUAUUCUAGACAGUCAUUCAUCACAACUUAGUUUGGCCGUCAUAGAUUCUAAUAUAGGCUUUAAUCUAAUAUAG